AGCUAUGAACUAAAAACCCAAGAUGAACUCCAAUUAGAUGGCCCAAAUCCAAGCCUAAUUUAAAAAGGGUCUAGAGAAAUCAGUAAACCCCGUUAAAAACCACAUCAAACCGGCCCUAAACCGAACGAAAAUCAUUAGAAUUUAGGUACUUCUGUAAAUCAAACCGGAGAUUGUCUAAAGGGGGCUAAUUGAACCAAAUCGCAAAAACGCUCUCUCCCUCACAAACGCAGCCACCGUUCAGGCCCUCUCCGGCAAAGGAAUGCCAGUAGCCACCAUAUCUGGACUCGUCUCUCCCUUGCGAACAAAACCCCUCAAUCAAUUUGUGGCUCCUGUCUCCUUUGCGAGAUUCGAAGGAGAGAAGUUGCUGCCACCAUGAUAACGGUCGGCUAUGGGGAUUGAACUCGACCCAGAAUGAACCCUAACCAGGAGAGAAAGAUCAUCUUUCCGCGUUUUUCACUUCAACAGCAACUUUCCUUCCGUUUUGUGGUGCCAUCGAUCAAGAGAGAGAGGUUGGUUGCAAACCGGCGCCUGUCCAACUCGCCUGAACCGUUUCCGGCGACUUCAAUCGGCAAUGACUCUCUUUGAUCUUGCAUCUUUUAGCAUGCACAACAAUGUGGAAGAACAUUCAUUGCAAGCGAGUGCUAUCUAAAGUUAGAAGCUACUCAAGAAUAGCUGCACCACCUCCUGCCUAUGCGCAACCAGUCAUUAGAGUCUCAAAUAAUGUUGCUUACUUGGGCUCUCCAAAAGACGGACCCAAGCCGCGACAGCUUUUAUCAUUACCUCCAUUCCCCGGCCUCCCUUUGCCUGGAAAGACUUCAGUGGCAUCCCGUGUCACUGCCAUUAGCUGGGUCAAAUACUACUUUGAUGAAAUCCCCGACUCUGUGAUACAGUCACAUUUUAACAGGGGCCUUGUUCAAAUGGAGUGUAUGCAACAUGGAGGAGAAACCUUUAUGAGAAAGAUUAAGCCUAGUGAUGUCAUGGAGGUAGGGGCAAGAGUUCUCAUACCUGUGUCAGUAGCUGAGACUAGGAUUUCCAAGAGGUUUGACACCAUUCCAAGUGGAACUUUAUAUCCAAAUGCUGAUGAGAUUGAAUAUUUACAGAGGCUUGUCAAGUACAAGGACUCUGCUAUAAUCGUGCUAAACAAACCCCCAAAAUUGCCAAUAAAGGGGAAUCUUCCAGUUCACAAUAGCAUGGAUGCAUUGGCAGCUGCAGCUUUGACAUAUGAUUAUGAUGAGGGACCUAAGCUGGUGCAGCGCCUUGAUAGAGAAAGCAGUGGUCUCAUCUUAAUGGGCCGAACAAAAGAAAGUGUUGAUCAUCUUCAGUGGAUGUUUAGUGACCAAAAGAAAUCAAAUUCCUAUUGUAAGGAUUGGAAUGAUGCAUGUCAAGCAACAUGUCAACGGUACUGGGCAUUGAUUAUAGGCUCUCCAAAGGAAAAGGAAGGCUUGAUUCGAGCUCCACUUUCGAAGGUGCUUCUGAAUGAUGGGAAGACUGAGAGAAUUGUCUUGGCCCAGAAUUCAGGUUUUGAAGCUUCCCAAGAAGCUUUAACUGAAUAUCGAGUGUUAGGUCCUACAAUAAAUGGAUGCUCAUGGGUUGAGCUAUGCCCACUCACCAGCCGAAAACAUCAGCUCCGUGUGCAUUGUGCCGAAGCUCUCGGGACACCAAUUGUUGGUGAUUACAAGUAUGGUUGGUUUAUGCAUCGGAGAUGGAAGCAAAUGCCUCGUGUUGAUAUUGAGCCAUUUUCUGGGAAACCAUACAAAUUGCGGAGACCAGAAGGCAUAGACGUUCAAAAGGGAAGCGUCUUGUCAAAAGUCCCAUUGUUACAUCUCCAUUGCAGGGAACUCGUACUCCCAAACAUUGCGAAAUUCCUUGAUGUUUUGAAUCAGAAGUCGAAAAAUAUUCACCCUGCUCUUAGUGCAAAGCCAGAUCUUCUUCGGUUUGUGGCAUCGAUGCCGACCCACAUGAAAAUUAGUUGGAAUCUCAUGUCUUCCUAUUUGGUGUAAGGAUAUCAUAGUCGGUUUCGCUAGUUUUCUAGAGCUUAACCUUUAUGUUGCAGCAGUCUUAUUUAAGUUGUAUCUAUGUAUAUUCUUUUUAAUUCUUUUAUUAUUUUUGUUGUGAAUUUAUAAUA